AUGCAGAGGGCGAUAGCAUCACUUACUUACUGGAUGAUAAUUCUGAAUGUUAACUGUAUAAAUAAUUCACAAAUUUACCCAAACACCACCAAUAUCAUUAAAAAUUUGGAAUAA